CCACGCCACCCUUUGUUUCGCCGCUUGUCAGUCAACUGCCUUGCCGCUGACAGACUAACGGGCGUUUCACACAAAUGACGAACGCCCAGCUCCGCUGUGGUCAAUGCGGGCGAGGGUUUGCCGUAGCCAAGCUCUGCGAUCUCGAAACUUGCCCAGCGGCGAGGGCGCUCAGUGUUUCGGAUGGCCUGAUCGCCACUUAUGCACGAUGAGUCUGAAGCCGCCGAUGCACGCCCGCAAGGCAAAAUGCACUGGGAGACCUGCCGGCUGCCAGAGUACGCUGCGGAGGUAGUGUCGCCAUCUUCGUGCAAACAAAAUCUGGUUUUCCGCGAGAUUUACGGUUGUGUUGCGCUUAACUGCAUCGUCAUCUCAACUGCAGAUGAGCGGCGUCGCUGCCGGAGCAAAGCAAUCUCGAUCCUUGCAGCUUGGCUCUGCUGUUAUUAUGCUGUGAUCUACCCCAACUAUGUUGUUCGUUUUUGCUGCACUUCACCAUUUCGCUUCGCCGGCCAGUCGAUCAAGGAUGUGGCGUAUGCACGUUAGAUCUCAAUCCUCGUCUGUUCCUGCGUCCUGUCGAUCCACCAACGAACGCCGCGGACCAACAUGAUCACAAACCGAUCGAUGGCUUGAACCCU